AUGAUUGACAAAACUCAAAACAGAAGAUAUUUAAACCAAAAACUGAGAAAUCAAAAAGUGUUUCUGAUUAAAACAUACAAAGGUGAAUAUACUAAGAUGAAUGAAUUUAACAAACGACGGAGUAAUUACAAGAAAGUUCAAGACCAAAAGAUAAAGAAUAGGUGUGACCGUUUUUAUGCCAUAUAUUACCAAUCUUCUUCUCCUAUUCUUGUAGACCUUUCACUUUUUUCUUCAUUUAAAGAAGUUAAUAAAGGAGCAAAUCAACCUACUGUAAAACCUAAACAGUUGGUUUCUUUUAUGUUACCUAAAGCCUUUUCUUCUUAG